AUGUUCAGCAGAGCCUUGCAGGGAGAAGAAGAGCAGGAUCAUUGGUCCAGGCUUGGUCCAUGCCUUGUCCUCGGCUUCCAGCUCUCAAACUCAGAGGUUCACCACUCCCUCAGUCCCUCCCCGUGCUCACUUCUGUUCAGCUUUAAUUUUUUCACUGCUCACGGAGGAGUCACUUUUUUUUUCUACGUGCGGUUGAUUCGUAGGCUGGCUGGAAAGAUCGCCGUCAUCACCGGGGGCGCGAGCGGCAUCGGCAAGGCGACCGCCGCCGAGUUCGUGCGAAACGGGGCGAGGGUAGUCAUCGCCGACAUCCAGGACGACCUUGGCCGCGCCGUCGCCGCGGAGCUUGGCUCCGACAACGCGUGCUGCUACACCCGCUGUGACGUCACCGACGAGGCGCAGGUCGCCGACGCCGUGGACCUCGCGGUGGCCCGGCACGGGAAGCUCGACGUCAUGUUCAACAACGCCGGCAUCACGGGCUCCCCCGGGUGGCCACCGCUCGGCGCGGUGGACCUCGCCGACUUCGACCGCGUGAUGGCUGUCAACGCCCGCGGAGUGCUGGCUGGGCUCAAGCACGCCGCGCGCGUCAUGGUGCCGCGCCGCCGCGGCAGCAUCAUCUGCACCGCCAGCGCCACCGGUCUGUGCGGCGGCAUGGGCGCCAUCGCGUACAGCGCCUCCAAGGCGACGGUGAUCGGCCUGGUGCGUGCCGUGGCGGCGGAGAUGGCGUCCUCCGGGGUGCGCGUCAACGCCAUCUCUCCCUACGCCAUCCCGACGCCUCUGGCGCUGGCAACCGUCGCCUCGUGGCAUCCGGAGAGGGGAUUAAGCGCCGAGGAGAUUAAGCGGAUGGUGGAGAUAGACUUGAACGUGAUGUACGGGACGAAGCUGGAGGAGGAGGACAUCGCGAGGGCGGCUCUCUACCUGGCGUCCGACGACGCCAAGUAUGUCAACGGCCACAACCUCGUCGUCGACGGCGGCACGACGGUGAGCAGAAGUGCCAAAAAUCCUGGCACAAGCACGCCCAAGGAGUGA